AUGUCGACAAACAACCAUGUUUGUCCCGAGUGUGGUGGUCGCGUUGUUGAAGGAGGUGUAUGCGAGAAUUGUGGAUUAAUCUGUCUUCCGUCAAAUAACUACGUUAAUGACAUUCCAGACACAACAAUUCCGUUUAACCCUCGAAAAUUGCAGAUUAUCACCACUCCGACCGAACGCAAAAUCGAGCGAUUGAUCAUUACAAUAGACAAAGUACUCCAAGAGACGCGCGUCGGUUUAGUUCGUGAAAAUGUUGUUGAGUAUUUGCGGCGUUUGGGCACACUGAACAUGUUGCAUUCCGGUCGUUCAGGCGAUGUCAUAGUUGCGGCUGUAAUCUUUUUAUUAAGUCGGAAACGCGAUGUGGAGUACCCGACAUCCAUUGACGAAGUCGCUCGUUCAGUUCGCACGACUCCAUAUGCGGUCCUUUCCACCGUCGUGACAAUAAAAAACAAAGACCACGACUACAUGGGCAAUGUGAACAUCGCGACAGACCCGUUCUAUCACCUCUCCCGCUUUCUUCGUAAAAUGAAGCUGACUGUCACAAACGAGCAAAAAGCUGAGAUCGAGCGGACGGUUCAGGCGAUUGUGAAAGUUGUGUAUAAGUACGACAGUCAAUGUGGUCGUCGUAUAGUUCCUGUCGUUGCCGCCCUUUUUGUGAUGUCGUGUGAGUGUUAUGAUGUGCAAUAUGACCGAAAAGAGUUGAGUCGGAUGUCAGGGGUUACGUGGCAGACAAUCGAAGAGCGUAUAAAAGACUUCAAGACACAACUGGUUGGGUUGUGUAAGAGGAUGAGUGGCGGGGAGCAGAUUAGCGAGAAGAAUGUUAGUUGGUACCUUGGGUACAUUGUGGACGUGUGUAUUCCAUUUCUAUCGAUGUGUUCCAUCGCGCCACUGCUUGAACAUCCUAAAAUUAUAAGAUUGCGAGAUCUGAGAAGCAAGAGAGAGAAACAGAUUGAAAGUGUCAGAACGAUGGAAGGAGAUUUGGAAAGUGAGCAACUGAGAACAAUCAGGAGAAUGGUGCGUGACGGAAUGGACGAAGGUGUUAUCACGGGGUGUAAGUCGGCAAUAGAACUCAAAAGAAAACAAAUGGAGUUUGAAGUGCGAAAAGCUAAUCAAAUUGCUGUCAAAAACCAAUCAAAAACUAUUAAUGAUGAAAUCAAAACGGAAGAAGAAGAGAGUGACGGCAGUGAAAUUAAGAUUGAGAAAAAGGAUGAAAUGAGUGAGGAUGACGAAAUGAAAAUGAAAGAAGAGAGUGAAUUUUGA